AAGUAGAAACAAAUCACAAAACACACAAAUCUUUCGGCUCAUAAGGUAAAGCGUGCGCUUCAAACUGACGAGUGUCACAAAAUAAGAGGUCUGAGAAACCCUAAUUUGGUCACCUUGGAGGCUCGCUGUUCUCUCAGCCGAGAGAAAGCACAAGAGAUGAACGAAAUUGACGGGAUCCUGUGAAAUGGAAUGUGCUACUGCACAAAUUCUCGGGAAUCAAAUGGAGAGCUGAAGGAGGAGAACCGCACAAAGAAGAAGUAAAUAAUGGGGGAAGCGAUGAAGGAUGAUCUUCUUGCGACUGUGCGUUCCACGGUGUUCAAAGAAUCAGAAAGUCUGGAGGGGAACUGUGUUAAGAUUGAGGGUUACGAUUUCAAUCAAGGAGUAAACUACUCUCAGCUUCUCAAGUCCAUGGUCUCCACAGGGUUUCAAGCCUCCAAUUUGGGAGAUGCCAUCAAAGUCGUUAAUCAAAUGCUAGAUUGGAGGCUCUCUGACGAGAGUAUAACAGAAGAUUGCAGUGAGGAGGAGAGGGAUCCAGCCUACAGAAAGUCUGUGAGAUGCAAAGUUUUCCUGGGUUUUACUUCAAAUCUAAUAUCUUCUGGUGUUAGGGAUGUGGUUCGGUAUCUUGUUGAGCAUCAUAUGGUUGAUGUAGUGGUUACAACAACUGGUGGUAUCGAAGAAGAUCUUAUAAAAUGCCUUGCACCCACAUAUAAAGGCGACUUUUCUCUACCUGGAGCCUAUUUACGCUCAAAAGGACUGAACCGCAUUGGUAACUUGCUGGUUCCUAAUGAGAACUACUGCAAAUUCGAGGACUGGAUAAUUCCAAUUUUUGACCAGAUGUUGAAGGAACAAAUCAAAGAGAAUGCAUUGUGGACGCCUUCUAGGUUGAUUGCUCGCUUGGGAAAAGAAAUUAAUAACAAGAGUUCAUACCUCUACUGGGCGUACAAGAACAACAUUUCAGUUUACUGUCCAGGCCUAACAGAUGGCUCACUAGGGGACAUGUUGUACUUCCAUUCCUUCCGCAACCCGGGUUUGAUCAUCGACAUAGUGCAAGACAUUAGAGCCAUGAAUGGUGAAGCUGUCCAUGCAAGCCCUAGGAAGACUGGUAUGAUAAUUCUUGGAGGAGGGCUUCCCAAGCAUCACAUUUGCAAUGCCAAUAUGAUGCGUAACGGUGCAGAUUAUGCGGUGUUCAUCAAUACUGCACAAGAGUUUGACGGGAGCGACUCUGGAGCUCGCCCCGAUGAGGCUGUAUCAUGGGGGAAAAUACGAAGUUCUGCUAAGACCGUCAAGAUACAUUGCGAUGCAACCAUUGCUUUCCCUCUACUGGUUGCAGAAACAUUCGCCUCAAAGGAGAGAGAAUUCCAUCAGGACUAAGCCUCGAUACUAUUUUUGGCCAAGUGCAGAUUCAUUUAAUUGUCCAGUUACUGAACUUGACAAAGCUCUCAAAUCACCUGAAAAAAAUAUAAAAGCCAAGCCAGCCAACAAACUCUAAAAUAUGUAGAUUCCGUGAGGGGGGCAAUGAGUGUUAAAAUCUUUAAAUGUUUUCCCCCCAAAUUAUUUUAAAAUUUUUAAAUAUCUAAAACUAAGAAGGCAAGGGGUGAGGUUGCUUGAAACAAUUGUAUUGAGUCUAUUGUUUUUACUGGACUCUAGAUUAGAACCA